AUGGCUGUGGCUGCCGCUGCGAGGAGAUGGUGGCUGCUGGUGCUGAGCGCUAUGGGGCUGGGAGUCGUGGGCGCCCCGCAGCCCCCCAAUAUCGUGCUCAUGGUCAUGGACGACAUGGGCUGGGGUGACCUAGGGGUGAAUGGAGAACCUUCCAGAGAGACCCCAAACCUGGACCAGAUGGCCGCAGAAGGGAUGCUACUCACCAGCUUCUACUCGGCCAGCCCCCUGUGUUCACCGUCCAGGGCGGCACUGCUCACCGGACGUCUGCCCAUCCGCAAUGGCUUCUACACCACCAACGGGCACGCCCGCAAUGCAUACACCCCCCAGGACAUCGUAGGGGGCAUCCCCGACUCGGAGCUUCUCCUGCCCGAGCUCCUGAAAGAGGCCGGCUACGCCACCAAGAUCGUGGGCAAAUGGCACCUGGGCCACCGGCCCCAGUUCCACCCACUGAGGCAUGGCUUUGACGAGUGGUUUGGGUCCCCCAACUGUCACUUUGGACCUUACGACAACAAGGCCAAGCCCAACGUCCCUGUGUAUAAGGAUAAGGAAAUGGUCGGCAGAUUUUAUGAAGAAUUCCCAAUUAACCUGAAGACAGGGGAAUCCAACCUCACCCAGAUCUACCUUCAGGAAGCCCUGGACUUCAUCAAGGGGCAGCAGUCCCAAAAGCGCCCCUUCUUCCUGUACUGGGCCGUGGACGCAACACACGCACCCGUCUACGCUUCCAGAUCUUUUGUGGGAACCAGCCAAAGAGGACGGUACGGGGACGCCGUGCGGGAGAUUGAUGACAGCGUUGGACAGAUCCUACAGCUGCUCCGGGGCCUGCACAUCGCCGAGAGCACCUUUGUGUUCUUCACCUCCGACAACGGCGCGGCUCUCGUCUCUGCCCCCAAACAAGCUGGCAGUAACGGCCCUUUCCUGUGUGGGAAGCAGACGACCUUCGAAGGGGGCGUGCGGGAGCCAGCGAUCGCGUGGUGGCCUGGGCACAUCCCCGCGGGACAGGUGAGCCACCAGCUGGGCAGCCUGAUGGACCUCUUCACCACCAGCCUGUCCCUCGCGGGCCUCAAGCCUCCCGAUGACCGGGAGAUCGAUGGCCUGGACCUGCUGCCCACCCUCCUGAGGGGCCAGCUGGCCGACAGGGCCAUCUUCUAUUACCGUGGCAACGAGCUGAUGGCUGCCACUGUGGGCCAGUACAAGGCCCACUUCUGGACUUGGACCAACUCCUGGGAGGAGUUCAGACAGGGCGUCAAUUUCUGUCCCGGUCAGAACGUCUCGGGGGUCACCACCCACACGCAGGAGGACCACACAGCUCUGCCUCUGCUGUUCCACCUGGGACGAGACCCCGGGGAGCGCUUCCCCCUCAGCUUUGCCAGUGUCGAGUACCAGGAUGCCCUCCGCCAGCUAACCCCGGCCAUCCAGAAGCACCGCCAGGCCUUGCUGCCCGGCCAGCCCCAGCUCAAUGUGUGCGAUCCGGCCGUCAUGAACUGGGCACCUCCAGGCUGUGAAAAGCUGGGCAAGUGUCUGCCGCCCCCGGGGUCUGCCCCUGAGAAGUGCUCCUGGCCCCAUUAG